AUGGCCCAGCCAAACGGAACUGCAGAGGCACCCAUAGAGGUCUCCUCCCUCCCAACUGUCGUUGGAAUCAACUUUGGCAACUCUUACGCUUCGAUCGCUGAGGGUUCUGCGGACUGCAUCGCGAACGAGGAUGGGGAGCGUCAGAUAGCAUGUGCUAUCUCGUUCCACGGCGAGGAACUAUACAUCGGGAACCAAGCCAAGCACCAGCUUGUGAAGAACUCCCAAAACACCAUUACCGGCUUCCGCAAUCUCCUUGGAAAGAAGUUUUCCGAGAUCCCUGCCAACACCCUCUCCGUAUCUGCCCCCGUGAUUCAGCACCCCGAGGUCGCCGAUGAGCCCGCCUACAAGGUCAAGGUUCUCCAGGCUUCUCCCUCUCCCCUCCCUAGGACUGCAACGAACACACCCGCCGCCUCGGCCGCCGUGACCCCCCGAUCCGAGCCCGUGCAGGUCGAGCGCGUCCUCACGGUGUCCGAAGUGACAACCAUCUUCCUCCAGUCGCUCAUCAAGUCUGCAGAGGACUUCCUUGGCAAGAAGGUUCAGGGCGCGGUCAUCUCCGUCCCCAGUUGGUUUGAGCCAGUGCAAAAGGAUGCGCUCGAGAAGGCCGCCAGCGACGCAGGCAUCACCGUCCUGCAGCUACUCGAGGAAGCGGGCGCUGCAGCGGUCACGACGACCAGUGGGCCCCAACCCGAAGGCCUCAGUGCGGACCGCACGCAGCUCCUCGUCGACCUCGGUGCGUCCGCGCUCUCCCUCUCGCUACUCUCGAUCCGCCAUGGCCUCGUGCACUCGCUCGCGACGCUCUCCGAUCACUCCGUUGGCGGCGACGCACUAGACGACAAGCUCAUCAAGCACUUCGCGAAAGAGUUCACUAAGAAAACGAAAGUGCCGCUCACGGUUUGCCCAGCGACGGACACCCAGGACAAGCGCGCGGAGGCGAAGCUCCGCCUCGCGCUCGAGCAUACGAAGCGCACCAUCUCCGCGUCCCCUGGCGCUGCGACGUGUUCCGUGGAAUCGCUCAAGGAUGGCAUCGAUUUCACUGGCACGAUCACACGUCUCCGGUUUGACAUGGAGGUGCGCGCCAUCUACGACCGCGUGUACGAGAAGGUGAAGGAGCUCGUCUCUGCCGCCGGGCUGGACCUCUACGACGUCGACGAGAUCGUGUACGUCGGGGGCUCUGCGAGCCUUCCGGGGCUUGACGAGACGCUCUCGCAGGGCUUCCCAGAAACCAUUGUCACCCCGUUCACGCAGGGCACUGUCGUUGGCGGUGGCACAGGUGACCCGACGACCAUCCUCUCGCGCGGUUGCGCGCUCCAAGCAAGGAUCCUUGCGCAGCUCGCGGAGGGCACCGAGGAGGAGCGCGAGGUCAAGGCGUCCUUCACGCAUGGCCACCAGUACACGCAAGCGAAGGUCACGUCCAAGACCGUUGGCUUCCUCUUCCCCGAGGAGAACGCGGAAAGCGCUCUGGGCGGCCAGUGGAUCCCCGCUGUCAUCAAGGAGACCCCUGUGCCCGCGCGCCGUAUCAUCGCGUUUGACGUCGACCUGGGCGAGGGUGAGGGUGAGAAGAGGGUCGGGUUCGAGGUGUGGGAGGCACACGAGGGCGUAAAGAUCGAGAAGGUGAAGCUCCCCAAGCUCGAAGACGAGGAGCCGGUAGAGGGCGAGGAGGAAGAGGAGGAAGAGGAAGAGGAGGUCAAGGAGAAGACGGUAGAGAAGGAAAACCUCCUUGCGUCCCUCUCGUUUGUCGCGAAACAGGCGACGAAAAAGAAGGGUGCGCGCUGGACUACGCGGUUAGAAGUAACGACAAUCGUCGACGAGAACGGCGCGCUGGAGAUCAGUGCCGCCGAGAUCGGCGCGUCGGGUAAGGGUGAAAAGACCACUGUAACGGUCGCUGCCGCAUGA